UUAAUUCGAUUCAAAUGAACAGUUACUAGAGGCAAACGUUGACACUCCCCACCGGAAGACUCUUUUCAGCUCAUGUAACUAUGGCGACGGGACGCGGACAGUCCGGACAGUUAGGGCAGAUAUUCAAUAACAGAGGAACAGCUAUAAAAAAGGUUUUCAUUUUGUGUAUUUACGGAGUUUACGUCGUGAAGGUUCCCCAUUCCGUAAGUUACUUUACGUUCGUUAAUAUUAAAACGUCGUCGUUACGUGGCCUUAAACCUUCCUUACUCAUAUUUGUCUCAACGGGAUCAAGACUAGUGAAACAAAUGGAAACGCGAAAAGCAAUCAUUCCCAGAGUACGGCCAGUGAGGACGGCCAAAAGAGCUGACAAAUCAUCUCCAGCAUCCACUCUCAACUAUAUGGAAAGAAUGCCAUCUGAGAUCCUGAUUAAGAUUCUGUCAUACCUGGAUGCCUCCGCUCUUUUCAGCAUCAGUCACGUCAAUAAGCUCUUCUAUCAGCUUGCCAAUGAUAAUGCUCUGUGGAAGAGGAUCUACAUAGAGUUUAACAAGAAUAAAAAGUGGAAACAUGAGCGCAUGGACAAGGUGCUGUUGACGAUGGCCACACUCGAGGGUCGGGAUCAGGCUGUGGGCUUCUGGAAGUUGCUGCACUUCAAGACUGUUGCCACAUGUGAUAUGAAUAAGUGGAAAAGAUAUCUUGGACUCAUCAGCCGUCACACUGGGCUGCCUAGCCAAACGGAGCGGGUCCUCAGAAACUUGCACGUCACCUGGGAGCUAACAGUCUCUGAUAAAUCAGGGCGUGAGGCCACAUUUGAGCUGAGCCGGUCCCAGUUCUUCGAGACGUCUGUGACUCUGUGCUGGAGCGGAGGCUGCUUGCCCGACUACCAGCAGAUUUCCACCCUUCAACUCCACGGUGUCAGGAGGAUAGCCCUCAACUGCCCCGGCUUAAAGAAACCUGGCUGGAGGUCCCUCAUGGCAAAGUUAGACAUGGAGACUCUAACUAAAAGUGCACAGGUCUUUGGCCAGGAAAGACUGGUUGAAUUGAAGCUGCUACAGCCUGGCUUCAUCAUUGGUAUCUGGAAGGACCAGCCCUGCCUUGCCUUUCUCAUGUUUACCCUCCACUUCCACAGACUGGUGGAAAAAAGUAUCCAGGGAUCCUCUGUUUGCCCCUAUGUGGAGCCGAUGGACAACCCCCCUUUUGAUGACAUAGACCCUGAAUACGGUCUCCAUGGUUACCAACUACACAUUGUUCUCCACGACACUGCAUGGGAGAUCAUGUCCGGAAGCUUCUCCCAGCUCUUCUGCCGGAGAACUCAGAUCUCUGACGGACUAAUCCAACUGACUGCCAUCAGCAGGACAAACUUGUCGCAGCACACGCCUCUGUUAGGCAGCAUCACCCUGCCCUGGAGGUGUGAGGCCCUGCAGGGAACAGUGGAGAAUUGCUGCAUCAUGAGUCUGACUCUGCUGGAUGAAUCCAAGAAACCCUUCUGGUGUGUCAGCUCUCCUGUUUCCAUGAAGCCGGUAAAGAUGCUGACUUCUUAUGACUAUGAUGGUGAGCACUUUCUAAUCCACUAUCAGGACUCAGAAGGUCAGGUGAAGAUGGAUUUUGUCUGGAUGAAGGAACAGAUGCAGUUUUUCCUCAUUAGUUUAGUUGUUUACGUCACUACUUGCAAAGUCAACAAGCAUUUCAGUAGAGAUUACUGAGCCUUCGGUAUUUCUGGAACAAGUUUUGAGGUAUUUCGUCAUUUAAGUUGGAUACUAUGACUUUGCUUUUAUAUGAUCAGCAUAUCUACAACACCUUGUUUAUAAGGACAGAUUGUGCCACCAGUAUCAUCUGACGCUUCUAAAUAUAAUUUUAAACUUAAUUGAUACGUUUACAGUAUAACCCCAAUUUAUAAAGAGAUUGAUGUUGUAUAAACAGCCAAGGUCUCUGCUCAAAAAGCCUAACUUUUUCAUUUAAAUGCUGAAUAAAUUAAUACAUUUUUAAUGGAUUUAUUAAAUCUUUUGUGACUUACUU